AUGUCCGGUAAAGGUGACGAUGAGUCAACGGGAAACAGUGACAAAGAUUGGGAAAUAUUUGACAUACUCUGCGGCGAAGAGAACAUGCCAAAACAUCACAGUUCACACUCUCCGGUGCAUCAUCAUCAUCACCCACCACCAUCCUGCAAUGAUCACCUGGCGCACUCGAUCGACCUCGCCACCACGCUUCGGAGUGAGCUGGCCGCGUCGACGUACAAACGCGACCGGCUCAUGGCGGAACUGGCGGACGUGAAGAGUUCGCUGUGCGCGAAGGAAGGCGAGUGCGAGUCGCUUCGUGCCCAAAGUGCGCGCCAGACGUCACUGAUCGGUUCGCUGCAGCAACGGCUGGCAGCGACCGAGCAGCGUGAGAAGACACUGCACAGCCGCAGCGAAACGGUCGUCCAUACGCUGCACCGUGACAAGGGACAUCUGGAGGACAAGAUUAAGGAGCUGAGCGGCAAGCUGCACCGAUUGCAAUGUGAGCUAACGAAGGAGGAAGGACUUCGCGACCAGGCCCGGUGUCAGCUGCAGGAUUUGGUGCGUCGGCUGUGUCUGAUACUGGGCGUGGAUGUGUGCGAUGGGGCGCACCUUACCCCGGAAUGUGUCCUCGCGAAGACGGGAGAGACGGUGUCGGAGGUGCAGAGACUCCGGGCAAAGUUGGCCGGUACCUGCGAGAACCUUUCGUCGACGGAAUCGGAGCUGCUGAGCACGAAGGCGGCCGCCUCGGCGGAGAAGACGCGUCUACACACCCAAAUCGAGGGACUGCAGUCGUUGUCCCAAGGGUUGGAAGGUCGGUGUCGCCAGGCGGAACGGGAUUUGCAGGUGACGCGCGAUCGGUUGGCUGAGUGUGAAGUAAAUGGCGACAAGCUGAGAGAGGAGUUGCGAGGGUUUGAGUCCCGUUGCUGUCGGUUGCAAAACAGCUACGAUCGAUUGCAAACCGAGCGAUUACAGUUCCUGCGCACGAUCGCUACGAUCGUGGGAGUGAGUGAACCGUGCGAGAAUAACCUGCGCGACAAAAUCCGGGACCUGACCAACCACAACCAGGCGCUGCAUGACCAAGUGUCCCAGCUGCGUGACCAACACCAUCAGGAGGCUGCAAAGCAUCGUGAACACCAGGAGUCCAGUGCGUGUCGGUUGAAGAGCGAGGAGCAACAUCGGAUGGGUUUGGAGGAGAGGCUCGAGAAGGCUUGCCAUGAGCUGCAACAUUUCCGAUCGGAACACACGACGUUGAGCGAGUACCUGCUGCGACUAGCGAGGGCACUCUGUUGGAGUGAAUGUACGGAACCACCCGCUCCCGGUAGUGACACGACGAUCCUCAGCGAAACGUUGCUCGAGCGUGCGGAACGUCUCGCAAACCAUCAUGAAAAUCACAUUCAUGGCACGUGCGACAAGCACUGUUGGGAGGCCAUCAACCAUCACCACCAUCACCAUCACACCUCGCAUUCCCAUUCGGCGACAAAGUUACGCCGAGAGCGGUCCUGUACCGAUCUGCCGCUGAAGGAAAGCUCCACCCUGUACCAUAUGCAGCGCAAGGUGCGCGUACUGAAGGAACAGAUUCAGCGACGCGAUCUCCACCUCGAGCUGCUCCGGCGCAAGAUCGCUCUGCUGGAGGAUAAUGCCAGGGGGAAAGCCACAUUACAAACCGAGCGCGAUGAGGCGAUGCAUAAGGCGAGAAAGAACUCGAAGCAAGCGGAACGAACCACGCAGCAGUUGGCGGAAGUGAAGGCUCAGCUGGCGGAAGUUAAGAUGCAGCUGACGGAAGCCUCCGAGUACAAGAUUACAGCCCUCGAGCGAGCUCGCAAGUGCGACGAGCUGCAGGCCCGGCUGUGCGAUCUGGAGACGGAGCGGGAACGGUUGGUCGGACAACUGGCCGCGUACAAAUCGCGUGCCAGGUCGGCGGUAGAAUCGUCACACGAUCGGCGUGUACGCGACGAGCACGCGAUGUCGCAUCUGCGCGAGGAGUUGUCACGCGUGAAAUCGCAGCUGGCAGACACGAACCAUCGGUUGUCGCAGCUGCAGGUCUUCCGGACAUCGGUUGCCAAGCUGCUGCACGUGUCGGACUGUGCGGAUUCGGACAUUUUGCAGAAACUGCAAUCGGUGUGCAGCAACCAUGGGCAUCAUCAUCACCACGGCCACCGGCACCACAGUGCAUCCAAUCUAUCGCGCAGAUAUGAUUCCUCGUCACCGACCGGGGAUGUCGGGCACGUGUCACGGUAUGACGACAUGCUGGCGGGCGGGGGUGGCAGCGGCGGUGGCGUUGGGUCACAAACGAUCGGCUGUCGGCCGCUCAGCUCCAGCCCGGUGCACAAUCGGCGGUACAUCGAUUCCGGCUUCAACGAUCACGAUCAUCAUUUUGAUGAUGAUUUUGAUUUCCAUAAGAAAUAUUAG